AUGUUCGGAGCUUCGACCACCUUCCGUAUUGCUGCACGUGUCUUUCUCUACAGCCUGGUUCCUGGGUUCAACCCCAGACAGCCAUGCCACAUGGACUUGGCCGAGAAGCUGACUACGGUGCUUCAGCAUAUUCCCUCGGGCCCUCAUGGAUUUGACCGCAACCUUACUUGGGUCUAUCUCAUUGGCGGCUCCAUCAGCGUUCCUGGUAGCUCAUUCCGAUCCCUCUUUGAGGAUCGCUUGGCUCAACUGGGCGACUCGGCUAAGGUUGGCAACAUAGGACGUGUAGCUACCCUCAUAGUCGAGGUGUGGUCUCAGAAUGACAGACUCUCGGUCCAGAGCACGCCGUACAUCCACUGGCGAGAUGUCAUGGAAUCGAAAGGGUGGGACUUUUUGUUUGUCUGA